AUGUGGUAUGCUUCCAGCGCCAGCGGCAAUAUUGUUGGCAAAAUGUUACUGACUGAUUUUCCCUAUCCGAUGACUGUCACAAUGGCCCAACUUUUGUCCAUUUCUUUAUACCUGGCCCCACUAUUACGAUGCCAAGCCUCCACAAGACGAACUAGCAAUAUUCCGCGAGCUUAUUACUUGUCUGUAAUCUUACCUCUUGCCCUGGGCAAAUUUUUAGCAUCCCUGUCCUCACAUAUUAGUAUAUGGAAGGUUUCUGUAUCUUACGCUCACACAGUGAAAGCCACAUUACCAUUAUUUACAGUUGUGUUAUCCAGAAUUUUACUGGGUGUAAAACAGACGCUGAGAAUCUAUUUGUCUUUGCUGCCUAUAAUCGGAGGUGUUAUUAUAGCAACAAUUACAGAAUUAUCAUUUGAUAUAAUAGGCCUCUUUAGUGCCUUGUUAUCUACAAUGGGCUUCUCUUUGAUGACAAUUUAUUCCAAAAAGUGUUUAAAAGAUACUGGUGUUCAUCACAUGUGCCUGUUGGUGAUGCUUGCACAGUGGGCAGCUCUUUGCUUCUUUCCAGUUUGGUUUUUAUAUGAUCUGAGAAGAAUAGUUACAAACAUUGAUGCCAUUUCUGGAAAUAUAAAACUGACAACUGUAGUUUUGCUGUUAUUGUUAGAUGGUUUUUUCAACACUCUGCAGAAUCUCAUUGCUUUUACAAUUUUGGCUUUGGUUACUCCUCUAAGCUAUGCAGUGGCCAAUGCCAUGAAAAGAAUCGUCAUCAUCACGGCAUCCAUAAUCAUGUUGCAGAAUCCUGUCACCCCAGUCAACUGUUUAGGCAUGUUGAUUGCAAUUCUGGGAGUUCUUUUCUACAAUAAGGCUAAAUAUGAUCAAAAUCGUGCAUUAGAGAAAGAAAUGAUCCUACCUAAAGUUAGGAAGGAUACCAACCUUUUGCUGCAUAGCCAAACUUUGGAACAUUUCCCGAAUGAUGAAAAUCUUCAAAAUGGCAUUUUACUUAGCAGUGCCAAGCCAGAGGCUGAUGUAAAACUUCUCGUAUCACAGCCUUGGACAAGUACUCAAAAGUUGGAAACUCGACCACACAUGGAAAGUAAACCACGAGAUCCCAGAAAUUUUCAUUUUGUUUAA